GGAGGCGAAGGCCAGUGGGGGGGGAUUUAAGAGCUCGCCGUGCCCCCGCCCGCCCCUCGCCGCCCAGCAGGGACGUGGGUGUCGGCACCCAACUUUGUGCGGCUCUCUCUCAUCCAGCACCAGGAUGAAGGUUCUCCUCCUCCUCUUCCUCGCCCAGCUCUGCUCAUCAUCGCUGGUCCCUGAGAGGGAGAAGGACCCUGAGUACUGGCGGCGGCAGGCGCAGGAGACCCUGCGGGCAGCGCUGCGGCUCCAGCGCCUCAACCAGAACGUGGCCAAGAACCUCAUCCUCUUCCUGGGCGACGGCAUGGGCGUCUCCACGGUCACGGCCGCCCGCAUCCUGAAGGGGCAGCUGCAGAACCGCAAGGGUGAGGAGAGCCUGCUGGAGAUGGACCAGUUCCCCUACGUGGCCUUGGCCAAGACCUACAACACCAACGCGCAGGUGCCCGACAGCGCAGGCACCGCCACCGCCUACCUCUGCGGCGUCAAAGCCAACGAGGGCACGGUGGGGGUCAGCGCUGGCGUCACCCGCGACCGCUGCAACACCACCAAGGGCCAGGAGGUGACCUCCAUCCUCCGCUGGGCCAAGGAUGCAGGUAAGGCCGUGGGCAUCGUCACCACCACGCGUGUGACCCACGCGACACCCAGCGCCGCCUAUGCCCACUCUGCCAACCGCGACUGGUACUCGGAUGGAGAGAUGCCCCCGGAUGCGCUGGAGGGUGGCUGCAGGGACAUCGCUCGGCAGCUGGUGGAGAACAUCCCUGACAUCGAGGUGAUCCUGGGGGGUGGCCGGAAGUACAUGUUCCCCAAAAACACCAGUGACGUGGAGUACCCCCACGAGGACAAGCACCGGGGGACACGCCUGGACCGCAGGGACCUCGUCCGGGCGUGGCACGAUGCCAAGCCCCCCGGCAAGGUGGCCAAGUACGUGUGGCACCGGCGGGAGCUGCUGGCACUCAACCUCAGCCGCAUCGACUUCCUCCUGGGCCUCUUCGAGCCGGGUGACAUGAUGUACGAGCUGGACAGGAACAACGAGACCGACCCCUCCCUCUCCGAGAUGGUGGCCGUGGCCAUCAGGAUGCUCCAGAAAAACCCGCGGGGGUUUUUCCUCCUGGUUGAAGGGGGCCGCAUCGACCACGGGCACCACGAGGGGAAGGCCAAGCAGGCGCUGCACGAAGCGGUGGAGCUGGACAGGGCCAUCGGGCUGGCCAGCAGCCUGACCUCCGCGCAGGACACCCUCAGCGUGGUCACCGCCGACCACUCGCACGUCUUCACCUUCGGCGGCUACACCCCCCGCGGAAACCCCAUCUUCGGUCUGGCCCCGAUGCAGAGCGACGUUGACCGCAAACCCUUCACCUCCAUCCUCUACGGCAACGGCCCCGGCUACAAAAUCGUGGCGGGGGAGCGGGAAAACGUCUCCGCUGUGGACUUCGCUCACGCCAACUACCAAGCUCAGUCAGCCGUGCCCCUGCGCCAGGAGACCCACGGAGGAGAGGACGUGGCCAUCUUCGCCCGUGGCCCCAUGGCUCACCUCCUCCACGGCGUCCACGAGCAGAACUACAUCCCUCACGCCAUGGCUUACGCCGCCUGCAUCGGCUCCAACCGCGGCCACUGCAACGCCGCCGCCCGCGCCGCCGCCAGCCUCUCGCCCUUCCUCACCCUCCUCCUCCUCCUCCUCCUCCUCUGCUGAAGCUGCCUCUUUGCAAACCACGGAGGGGGAUUUAUUUUUAAUUCCUCUCCUUUUUUUUGGUCUUUUGUGUGUGUGUGUGUGUGUGUGUGCUGGGUUUGGUUUGUUUUUCUUCUGGAUGGCAGCGCCCAGAGAGAGGAGCAGAGACCAGCGAGAGACUGAGCGGAGCGCUUUGGUGCCGGCAGCUGCCUCUGUAAAUAGCCCCAACCCUUCCCCUGUCAUUAGCCUCCUUCCCUGCCCCAGCCCCAGCCCACCGCGGGAUUUGGGAUGGGAGCCGCAGCCCUCGCUGGAUCCAAACCCUUUCUUUUCGGAGCGAGACGCGCUGGGGGCUGGCUCCCAAACGCGAAGCUGCCUCCCGCUCUCCUAGCUGAGGACUGACCCCGGUGCCAAGCUCGUCACAUGUGUGGGUGUGGGCACCCAGGAACCACGCGGAGGUGGGCUUCAAAAAAGCGAAUUCACCGAGUGGGUGUAAAACGACACCACCCCCCCCCCCCCCAAAAAUAAUCACCUGGCUGGGUGGAUUCGUCCCCAAAA